CCCCAGGGUUCACACAGUGCUGUGUUAAAGGUGUCAGAGCUCCAUUCCCUAUACAUUAUCUACAUAUACUUUUUAUAUACAUAUUUAUUUAUAUUUAUAUCAUGCAAAAAGCUUUGUGCUACGAAAAUGCAGGGUCAUUUUUGGGGUGCUCAUACCAAGAAACUUCAGCUCUGGGCUACCUCGGCCAAAACUCUUUUACAAGUUUGCCAGAGUACCACUCCAACACCUGCUACCUGCAGGUAGAUAGCUCGCCAUGCUCUCCACCCCAGGAUCCAGAGCAGAGAGAGAGAACCCAAAGAAAUGCCAUUCCAGAGCCUGUUCGCCAGCAACCCAUCAUCCCUUCCCCUUGCUCCAGUACCACCUCGACCCAGAGUAGCCCGGACAGAACCAUUCUGGAAUCGCUGGACAAAACCUCCUAUGCCACGGGUCGACCAAGGAACUGCAACGGGAAGGCUGGCCCACCUAAGGAGAUUUUCCCCUGGAUGAAGGAGAGUCGGCAAAACUGCAAACAAAAAGGCGACAUCACGAGUCCAGCAGAAAGCCAUCCCGAUUCCAACGUCAGCAGCUCGGCUUCCAAGCGCGCCCGCACCGCUUAUACCAAUUCCCAACUGGUAGAGUUGGAGAAAGAGUUUCACUUCAACAGGUAUCUGUGUCGGCCACGCAGGCUAGAGAUGGCCAACCUUCUGAAUCUGUCAGAGCGACAGAUCAAAAUCUGGUUCCAAAAUCGAAGAAUGAAGUUUAAAAAAGACCACCGAGGAAAAAGUGGAAGCAGUUCUCCUGGAGGAGGUUCUCCUGGCCGAAGCUCACCAAGUAAUUCAUAUUCAGGGCAGGUGCAAAUGCAGGGUGAUGGUGGUUUUGACUCCCCAUUGUCUAACACUUACAAGUCAAAUGGCAACAUGUAUGGUUUAGGCUACACAACACCCAUCUAUGAGAGCUCUCCUUCACAAAAAUGCUAUGGGGUGGCCUCCAUCACACCCAAUUAUGAUCAGCUACCCUUGCAAACUGAAGUCAACUUUGGGAGCCCCAAUUUGCAAACUAGCCCAAGCUAUGCUGGGGGCAGCUACGGUGAACCCAUAUUAACAGCCGGUCAUGGCACACACUUCAGUCUGAACCUGUCAGCAUCUUCCACCUUGGACUACAACUGCUCAUCUCAAAUUGCUGGCAAACCUCAGAUUGGGCAGUGUGAGGUCCUGCCGGCAUACACUGACUUAAACUCACUUCCAGCACCUCAGGGAAUGGCUCAGGAACCGCCGACUCUCACCCAUCUGUAGGACAUGGGAAGGAAAAGGCCAAGAGGAUUGUUGAUGUUCUUCUACCCCUUUCAAUUAACUCAAUCAGAGGCUUGGGAAUCCUUCUUUAACUGGAUAAAGUUCUGGAAAGGGGAAGCCAUGCAUGUUGAAUAUGAUAACUUGCAUUUACUGAGCACUGACGAAGCCAUGAAAAACGUAUCAGGUCAAAAUUUAACAGGGUCCUUAGUUUGUUUUGGUUUUUUUUUUCUAAAUAUCAAAGGUGAUAUUGAGCUUGUUCACGGGUACUUUGAAUUUACCUGCCUGGUUUAAUAUAAUAAUCUUGUUAGCUUAUUAUGAGACAUAACACUAACUGUGUGCUUUUCUUAUUCUAUUUGUAAUUAUGUUGAAUAAAUUAUAUCUUCUUAUGAAAUGA